GACGGCACAAUACAAAUGGUGCGACCGAGCCAAUGGGAGUGCAUGUUUGGGAGGCGUUGGGCCGCGGACUGCCCCUCCCCCCUCUCCGCCGCCUCUCGUCAACGAACGACCAGCACUAAGCUCAGGCGCCAUAUUGGAACCAUUUUAGGAAACAAAACAGUAACAUUUGGUCGGUGUAAAAACCCUGCACUUUUUCAACAUGCUGUACUUGGAGGAUUACUUGGAGAUGAUCGAACAACUUCCCAUGGAUCUCCGCGACAGGUUUACGGAAAUGAGGGAGAUGGACCUGCAAGUACAGAGUACGCAGCGCCACAUGCAAUGGAUCAGUUAGAACAAAGAGUCAAUGAGUUCUUUAUCAAUGCAAAAAAGAACAAGCCAGAAUGGAGGGAGGAACAAAUGGAAGCAAUAAAGAAGGACUACUAUAAAGCUUUGGAAGAUGCUGAUGAAAAAGUGCAGUUAGCAAAUCAAAUUUAUGAUUUGGUGGAUAGACAUCUGCGUAAAUUGGACCAAGAACUUGCCAAAUUUAAAAUGGAGCUUGAAGCUGAUAAUGCUGGAAUUACAGAAAUAUUAGAAAGGAGAUCUUUGGAAUUGGACAAUCCACCUCAGCCCGUUAAUAACCACCAUGGCCACUCGCACACUCCAGUAGAAAAAAGGAAAUAUAACCCAUCGACGCACCAUUCUGUGGACCACGUUCCUGAGAAGAAAUUCAAAUCAGAAGCUCUUUUAUCAACACUUACAUCAGAUGCUUCAAAAGAAAAUACACCAGGGUGCCGUAAUAACAACUUAACAUCAACAUCUAACAGUGCCUACAAUGCUAAUUCAUCACAGCCCCUCAGCUCGUAUAAUCUAACCUCAUUAUCUCCAGGAGCGGGACCAGGAGCUGUAGCUAUUACAAUGGCAGCAGCCCAGGCUGUUCAAGCCACUGCGCAGAUGAAGGAGGGCAGAAGAACAUCUACUAUAAAGGCCACUUAUGAAGCAUUCAAAAACAAUGAUUUUCAGCUGGCACGAGAAUUCUCCAUUUCAAGAGAAUCAACAGGUUAUCCAUCGACACUUGCCUCGACACUUACACAGACAUUACCUACAUCAGCCACAGAUUCACGAAGUGGUCGAAAAAAUAAAAGCAGCAACAAGUCUUCAAAUCACCAGUCGUCAUCAUCAUCUUCAUCAUCAUCAUCAUCUUCAUCAUCAGUAGUAGCACAAGAAAUCCCUCAGCAGACCCCAGUUUUACCAGAGUCUGAUUCCAAUAACCAAGUCGAUUGGACAUAUGAUCCCAAUGAGCCUCGGUAUUGUAUAUGCAAUCAGGUAUCCUAUGGAGAAAUGGUAGGAUGUGAUAAUCAAGAUUGCCCCAUUGAGUGGUUUCAUUACGGAUGUGUCGGGCUAACAGAAGCUCCAAAAGGAAAAUGGUACUGUCCACAAUGCACUGCGGCAAUGAAGAGGCGUGGCAGCCGCCACAAGUGAAACUGAAAGACUGAGGAAUUAAUGUGACUGGUGCUUUGUACAAACAAACAAACAAACUUUAAUAAUAACAUUGAAUGGGAACAAACAAUUACUGCAAUAUGUGACUUUUUUUGCAGUACCCAUAUCUGUUCAUAUCUGAGAAUGUAAAGCUUAUUGAUGAAAAUUUGAUUUUCAAUGUUUGUUUUAAGAUGCAGGAUGAUUAAUUAUCAAUCUCAACAAUAUUCUCUGAAUAGUCUAACUGAAGCAAAAAAAAUCCCAAAUGUACAGUUCAUAUUUGUUUAAAGAUGCUUUACUUUUGUGUUUAAUUAUUACUUCUGGGAAACUUAAAAGUUCAGCUGGCUGAAAUAAAACGCAAUAUGGGCAAUAAAAUCUUGUAAAGCUAACAAAUGUUAAUGUCCUGAUACAUGAACAAAUAUUUCUUUAUCAUGUGAAUGCCAGUUUGUGCCAUUAGUGUUCAAUGUUUUGGUGCAGCACGUUUCUUAUAAAGAAUAUAAAAAUAAAAUUAUCAGGAUGUCUUUGAUACUUAACAGAGUAAAAAACAUUAUGAUGUGUUUAUGGAAACAUGUUUUUUCCUCACUUGUAUUAGACAUGACAUUUGUGUUUAACCAGUAAAAACAUGAUGAUUGGUAAAGUGUGAGUUUUUUUUAAUAGUGUCUGGAACCAAGAUUGAAUUACAGUUGCAGAAUGGCAAAAUUGUUUUCAUGAACAAACUAUUUUGUGCAUCUUUAUUGCAUUGUGUGAUAACACAUACAUUACUGCAGUUUUAACACCAAAAAUGGUCCAUUAUCUCUUCAUGGUUUUGCUGUCAUGAAAGACACUCUACAAAUGCAAGUAUUUCACAUAGAAUAUACUUCUGCGACGUUCAGAAAUUGUUUAAAAUACAUUAAGGCUUGAAUCAUUAUCCUUUUGUCUACAUUUUUAUUUACAGACUACAUCAGACCCCUAAUAUUUUUUUAAGUUCUAAAUAUACGUUACUCUGAACAUCUAGGUCUAGCCUAGGAUGUUUUAGUUAGACUUUGAGCUAAUCAACAUGGAGUCUGAGUUCUUUAAAAAGUUGAUUUACUCCUUUUUCUAGACUCAAAGUGAAAUCCACUAUUAUAUGUGAGCUAUUGUUACAAGCAUUAAGGUUAAAGGAACUAAUAACCUAAUAUCAUCUUCAUAAGAUUGUCUGUUUAGAUAAAUCAUGGCACUGAGAUACAGAUUACUUGUCGUUACAGACAUUAUCGUGAAUCCAGAGAUGCUGCCUCACCCUCUGAGUUACUCCAGCACUGUCUUUUUUUUAUCGUUCUAGGCAUUGCAUUUAGAAUAGUUCCAGAUCUGCGCAACAGCUGAACCACAUUUGUAUUGUAAAACAAUGUUGUUGUACAAGUCUAAAGUUGCUGUAUAAACUAACUGCUAGAUUUACAACUUGAUCAGCUGCUGGCUCUAACAAGUUAACAUCAGACCUUGUUUCUAGUUUGGGUUUUGUAAUCUUGUCUGCUGACUUUUUAUGCUGGAAGCAUGUGAUGUAUUGCUAUUUGUGGCAGUUGUCAUCAUCUUGUCCUGGCUCGGCAAUCUUGCAAAAGCAUUUAUAAUGUUACUGCAACUAUACCGUGUGCAGGCUUCAUGCUACGCUUACAACAUGAAAGUAAAUAAUGUGGCAAUGCACUUUAUUAAGUUUACAUCAGUUAUAUAUUGAAUUUUGUCUAUGAAAACCUGUUUUCAUUUGUACAGAGAAGUCCAAUAUAUAUACUCCAGAUGUAUAGUUUUGUAAUUUUACUGUUGUGAUACAUGUGGCUACUGAAUGAUUCUUUAUAAAUAGUUUAAUUGCUGAAAUUUCAGCUUACAAUUCUGGAUCUUCUUGCUCUUGGCCAUAUCCUUUUAUUUCUUGUCCUGUCGAUAAAAUUAAAUUUUAACAUC